AUGCUUUUCUCGAUAACUUCUUUAUCGUCCUUUGACUUCCCAACAAGCCAUUCUAAUAACUUAAUGUCCUCACCAAACCCAGAAUCGUCUUUAGGCUCGACAGGAACCUCCAAAAUCAGAGGAAUGUUUUCAAACCGAGAGUCGUUGGCCAACAAUCUGAAACACUCCAGGCCCAAGAACCCCCACCCAAGACGCUGGUGCAGAUCUCUGUUUGCCCCCAAUGGAGCUUUUGAGUCAUUAAUAUGGAGCGCACUCAGAUACUGA